CUAUAAAAUUUUUGUUCGGAGAAGAACUCAUAAAAAUUUAUUGUGAAAUUGUAAAAUUUCGAACUCUACGUUAACUAAACUUCCGACGCUCUCUCGUGUGCUCUAGAACUGCACUUCUCUCUGAGCCAUGCAACAGAAAGCGUCUUGCAGCAAAACCCCCAUGGAGGACAUACAGCUUUGCGCUAAUGCUGCCGUGGGCAAAGCCAUCAACGAGGCAAUUGCGUGGAUAGUGUCCGAUCCCGCAGAGCAGUUCCUCUACAAGUAUCCACGGGAGUGUGAGAUACAAGCGAACAAUCGUUUAAAGCUUGCACCCGUUGCCACCGAAAGCGCUUCCACUUCGGCGAAGGAGCGACAGAGCAGCAUACGCGCUGUCACCGAAACUAAUGCGAAUAAGCGCAUUGAUUGGUUCCGCAUUGAUGAGUUCUCGCUGCAUCAGCUGGUGCAGCUGGUCUACGAUUACCUGAGCAUGUGGCGCCUCACGCCUAACACACAGUAUCAGGUGCAUCUGGAAAAGGAUGCGGUGAGCGAGCAGCCACAGGGCUGCACCUAUACUCUGAGCGCAUACUUUUCACGUCACCUGGAGCAGCGCAGACCGCUGGCAAUGACCAAGGUUAAUUUCAAGGUGUACGUAUCGCGUUUGCUGCCACAGUUCUAUCCGAUCAUGAUGACAUAUCGCUUUGAGAAUUCGAACGCGGAUUAUUACGCGCUUGGCAGUCGACGCAUGGGUCGUCUGGAUUUUCAGCGUUUCUUCAUAGAUAUGGCUCUGGAGACGAAGUUAGGCUUUUAUGCGCAGAUCUUAAAAACGAUCGCAUUCGGCAACGCGCAGAAGAAGAGCAGAAGCGCCGAUAAACAUAAGGAUGAGCGUGAGAAGCGCAAAGAAUUGAAAGCGGCAGUCACUACCUUAUGCAUUUGCGCAGCUAAAGACAGUGAGAGCAGAUUGACUGAGAGCAGUAACGGGUCAGAGACUGGAAAUGAAAGGCACCGGAAGAGCGAUAAUGAAUAAGUUUAAUGAGGAUUGCUGGGAUAGUGAAAGCUUACUUAAUUUUUCCGGACUAGUCUAUCACCUUUUUUGGCUUCGAAAUAUGACCACAAUGAGAAUGGAGUGAAAAUGGAUGGUUAUAAGGAGAGCUGACUAGGAUUUGGGAUGGAAUUGAAUUAUCAAUAAUCGAGCAAGAAAGCCGUAGAGAGAAGAACAAGAGGCUUUUGCAUGAGGUAUACUCAAAGCAAUUUAGGAUUUCAUUAACGCAAAUUAAUAUUUAAUUCCAAAUAAAAUAAAAUACGAAUUCAAGGCAUUUAA